UGAAAACUUCUCCCUCACUCAGGAGUCUGUGCGGCGGCUUCCCUCCUCUCCUCCUCCCGGUCGAUCCUCCGUGUCUGUCCCGGAGCCCGGUACCGAACUCCCGGAGCGGAACCCCGAACCGAACACCAGCGACCACUUCUCCUCCAGAGGCCGGAGCAGGAGGACCUUUCCCCCGCAGAAAGCCCGGGACCAGAGCCUCUGACUGAGGGCUCCGGCGGAGGAAUCUUUUUUACUUUUUCCAAAACUACAAACCAGAAUAAAAAAAGACUCAAAAUGAACCGGAGCUUUAACAAGUCGCAGCCGCUGCGGAGCGCGGACUGCAACGCGGUGGAAGUGAAGAGCAAGUAUGGGGCAGAGUUCCGCCGCUUUGCGGUUGACCGGGUCAAGCCCGGCAAGUUUGAGGAGUUCUACAAACUUAUUCUGCACAUUCACCGCAUCGCCAACAUGGAGGUGAUGAUCGGCUACGCGGACAUCCACGGAGACCUGCUGCCGAUCAACAACGACGACAACUUCUGCAAGGCGGUGUCGACGGCUCACCCGCUGCUCAGGAUCUUCAUCCAGAGACAAGAAGAGGUCGACUACGCUAACUUUGGCACCAACACAAUCACCCGCAGGAAGAAGGCAGUGGUCGCGCUGCGCAACAACGACAUCAACCGCAAACGGCCACACAUCCGCAUUGGCAUGCCCCAGGACUUCCGGCCCGUCUCCUCCAUUAUCGAUGUAGACAUCCUCCCUGAAUCUCACCGUCGUGUCCGGCUGUAUCGCCACGGAUCGGACAAACCCUUGGGUUUUUACAUCCGAGAUGGAACCAGCGUGCGGGUGACACCACACGGCCUGGAGAAAGUCCCCGGCAUCUUCAUAUCCCGACUGGUGCCCGGGGGCCUGGCGGAGAGCACCGGGCUGCUGGCGGUGAACGACGAGGUGCUGGAGGUGAACGGCAUCGAAGUGACUGGGAAGUCCCUGGAUCAGGUCACGGACAUGAUGAUCGCCAACAGCCACAACCUGAUCGUGACGGUCAAGCCCGUGAACCAGCGCAAUAACGUGGUCCGCAGCAGCAGGAUAUCGGGCAGCUCCGGCCAGUCGUCCGACAGCAGCGGAUCGACCGGUUAUCCCAGUUUGUCUGUGGCCUCCAUCGGAGCGACGUCCUCCUUGGCACACGGUUACCAAGACGACCUGGAGAGUGACGAAGAGACCGAUAUUGUCAUUGAGAGCAGCAUGAAGCGGCCGUCUCAGAGGUCAAACGCCUCCCUGGCGUCCAGCGUGUCUCGCACACACCAGCAGACGCCAACGACGCUUCCAGGCCUUGCUGCGCCUCCCAGCCCCCCCACACGCCCCUCAUCGGUCGUCUCCACCGCCUCCUUCCGCUCCCAGACGAGCCUCAACGGAGGGUCCCACCACCACAACCAGCAGCACCAGCACCACCAGCAGCAGCACCACCACCAACAGCAGCACAGCAGCCUCAGCUACCAGCUUCACAGAGACCUCAACCUGCAGCACAGCCUGAACCAACAGUCCCAGCACAGUCACCACCACGUACAGCCGCCGCACCACAGCAGCAACCCGGCGCUCCGCCACAGCAACGGCAGCCUGCACAAAAUCCUCAGCUCCCUGAAAACGGACCCACGGCACAGUCUCGCGCUGCCCAGGGGGGGGGUGGAGGAGGACGGCACCGUCAUUACCCUAUAAUACUUAGAAAACACACGCGCUCAGAGACAUUAACAUCCCAAACUGCUCAGAGACUCAAACUGGAAAGCGGAUAAAUAUGAGCACAAGUGGGUUUUUGUCAGAUUUUAAGUUGAGUAACUUCUGUUUGUUUUUACAAGAUAAUAAUAAUAGGAAGUUGCAAGCCAUGACACAAGGAAACUGUGUAUAUUUCUUAUAUUUUUAAGGUUGUUUUUGUCUUAAAAUGAAAAAACUUGUACGUAUGUAUGUAAUAAGCAUCGGAUCAAAUAAUUGUUUUUAGGCGAGUCCACUUUAUCGGAUAGUUCUGAACGACAUCUCCUGCUAGUGACCACUUUUAUAAAGACCUUUCAUUCUUAUUACUGGGACCAACUUGGGGUUGCUUAUGGAUGUUUUUAAAGAGUAAAUCUAUAUUUCUUAUAUUCUGAUAAAUGCUGUGUAGAGUAUGAUUUUUCUUUUUUUUUUAAUAGUUCUUUUAUGCAUUGAUGAUUGUGAUCAAAUCCUUGUAUCUGUUCCAAUAAAUUAUUCUGUCUCACAA